CUCCUCCAUGUGGAGACUCAGUGUGUGUCUUGUUCUGAUUUUGUCCUUGUCAGCGAGUGGAUGUGUUUAUUGUCCUGAGCGCAUGCUGUGGAGGACAGUAUUUAACACCGAGUUGUUCAGGACUCGAGUGUGUGUUUAUCAGAGCUCCGAGCUGCCACUGCUGAACUGUACGAUGAAGUGUGUGUGUGUGUGUGUUGUGCUGUUGGUGAUGUUGGGAGCAAGAGUUUUCUCCUUCAGGUUUAAAGAUCUGACAGACUAUGUAGAUAAACAUCAGGACGAGUACGUACAGGCUCUGAGAGACUGGGUGUCUAUAGAGAGUGACUCCAGUGAUGUCUCUAAGAGGGCGGAGCUACAGCGUAUGAUGGGUGUGGUGGAGGAGAAGCUGCGCAGUAUGAAGGGGAAAGUGGAUGUGAUGGACAUUGGCACUCAGAUGGUCACGACUCAGAAACUCAUUACAGUCAUGAGUGUGUGUGUGUGUGUGUGUGUGUGUGUUCAUUACUUAUGUUCUAAUACCUGUGCUUCUCCUGUGGGGCAGCUGGCGGACGGCAGCUUCAUUCCAUUACCUAAAGUGGUGACGGCGGUGUUUGGUGCCGAUGAGAACAAAACCACAGUGUGUGUGUACGGACACGUGGACGUGCAGCCGGCCAAGAAAGAAGACGGCUGGGCCACUGACCCCUACAACCUCACAGAGAUUAAUGGAAACCUGUACGGAAGAGGAGCGUCGGAUAAUAAAGCUCCAGUUCUGGCCUGGAUUCAUGCAGUGGAGGCGUAUAAAGCUCUGAACAUGGAGCUGCCAGUGAAUGUAAAGUUCCUGAUAGAGGGGAUGGAGGAGACGGGUUCAGAUGGUCUGGAUGUCCUGGUGGAGGCUCAGAGAGAUGAGUUUUUCUCUGAUGUGGAUGUGAUCAUUAUCUCUGACUGCAGCUGGCAGAGCGCUCGCCCUGCUCUCACCUACGGCACCAGAGGAAACUGUUACUUCUUCGCUCAGGUGGAGGGCCCGAAGCAGGAUUUACACUCCGGGGUGGAUGGAGGAGCUGUGAUUGAGCCCAUGACCGACCUGAUCGCAAUUCUAAACACACUGAUCAGUGCGAGUGGUCAGAUCCUGAUUCCCGGGGUCACAGACGCAGUCGCAAACUUCACUGAGCAGGAGAAGAAGAUUUACGAGGAGGUGGAUUUUGAUCUGGAGACUUACAAAAGCACGAUCGGUGUCGAUUCACUGAUGUACGACAAUAAGGUUGACCUUCUGGCUCAUCUGUGGCGUUUCCCCACCGUCUCCAUCCAUGGCAUCGAGGGUGCCUUCUCCGGCCCCGGAACCAAAACCGUCAUCCCCGCUAAAGUCACGGCCAAAUUCUCCAUCCGACAGGUUCCCAACAUGGAGCCUGCAUUGGUGGAGAAACAGGUAACGGAUCACCUGCACGCCGUGUUCAGUCAAAGGAAGAGUCCGAAUAAGCUCAAGGUGAAGAUGAUUAUCGGAGCGAAGCCGUGGUUAGCAGACCCCAAGCACGCGCUGUACGAGGCCGGGAAGAGAGCGGUGAAGAGAGUGUUUAGAGUUGAGCCGGAGCUGAUCCGAGAGGGGGGGACGAUUCCCAUCGCUCGCACCUUCCAGGACGUGACGAAGAAAGACAUCAUCAUGCUGCCCAUCGGAGGCUUUGAUGACGGCCUUCACUCUCAGAACGAGAAGAUCAGCAGGUAUAACUACAUCGAGGGCACAAAGUUGUUCAUGGUUUACCUGCACGAGGUCUCACAAAUACAGAAGAACUGAACACGUCUGCACGUUGGCCUGUGAUGACAUCAUCAAAUAAUCACACACUUUUAUUGAUGUUCUGACUUCCUGUUUGUUCAUUAAUUUUCUCAUUUCUCUCUUUCCAUCUCUCCCCCCCUCCCUCUCUCUCUCGCUCUCUCUCUCACU